AAAGAACACAACAGUAAAUUGCAGGUGCAGCUAAACUUCCAUGGCGCGGAUGCAACUCUUUCUUCUACCGUUCUUGGAAAUACUACUACUAGCAGGGACAUCCUUUCUACUUGGCCAAUCCUCUCCAGGAGAUAUAUUGAUGGGGAAUAGCUCACUUAUCGAUGGCCAGACAUUGAUCUCGAUGGGAAGCGUGUUCCAGCUCGGCUUCUUCAGUCCAGUUAACAAUUCUGCGACUGCAUACAUAGGAAUUUGGUACUAUAAUAUCCCACCAAGAGAAAGCAAAGUAGUAGUAUGGGUCGCCAAUAGGAACAAGUCUGUCGACACAUCCAUGACAUCCUUGAACCUGACUUCCGACGGAAAUCUAAUCUUAUUUGAGGAAGGAACACGGGUUUGGUCCACGGGAACAUCCGCAGAACUCAAUUCCGCACGCUUGCAGCUUUUAGACUCAGGAAACCUCGCGCUGACUGCCGACAACUCUAACAGAAUUCUGUGGCAGAGCUUCGAUCAUGAGUGUGACACUUUUCUCCCUGGCAUGAAGCUGGGAUUCGACCUCUGGACCAACACUUCGUGGCAGUUCCUGUCAUGGAUGAGUGCCACGGACCCAUCUCCGGGCAUGUACGUGGGCAAAUUUGAGAAAUAUAAUGUUCCGGAUUUUUUCACGCAGAGUGUGAAUGGAUCCGUCAAAAUCUUCCGCACUGGGCCAUGGAACGGGCUAUGGUUCGCCGGCCUUCCAAUGCUGGGGAACAGCAUAUUGGAGAGGAACAUAAAUUUCACAUACGUGUCCAACCAGAAUGAGACCUACUACAUACAUGAAUAUGAGACUCGAUCGCCACAGCUAACGCGGACAGUAGUUGACGCCGACGGAACCUACAAGACUUGGAGUUUUGUUGGGGGAGGGUGGAGACUUUUCUUGUCAUUUCCAACUGACGACUGCGAUCACUACAACUAUUGUGGCCGCAACAGCGUUUGCACCAAGGGCUACUACUCAAGUUCCUGUCGUUGCUUGGAAGGGUUUGAGAAAAAAAACGUUGUCGAAUGCGCGAGGAAGGAGCCCUUGCGUUGCUCGUCGAACCGGUUUUGGAAGGAAGCAAGCGUGAAGGUGCCCGACACCGAGAAUGCAACCUCAAGAGGCACAAUUAGUCUGGAUGCGUGCAAGAAAUUGUGCUUGGAUGAUUGCUCCUGCGUCGCGUAUGCAGUGAUCAAUGGGCCUUAUGGCUGCAUAACUUGGCGCGGUGACCUGUUGGAUCUCAGAAGUUUUACCGACGGAGGAGACGAUUUAUACAUUCGGCUUCCAGAAUCAUCAACCUCAAAUUGGAAGAAGCUCGAGUGGGCGAUAGUUAUUUCGACGUUGCUGGGAAUUAUUUUGCUGUGCAGUGUAGGUGUACUCGUUAGGAGGAGGAGGAGAAACAGAGCAUUGCAGUUUCCAAAUGUUGAGAAAGGUUCGAUCAGCGCAUUCAAUGUACUUCCUUCACAUGAUUUGCAUACUAUAAAAGUUGCAACAAAUGAUUUUUCUGAAGAAAACAAGCUUGGGGAAGGGGGAUUUGGUGUUGUUUACAAGGGUCAAUUUGAUGAUGGACAGAAGAUUGCUGUCAAAAAAUUAUCAAGAUACUCUUCACAAGGCCCAAAUGAGUUCCAGAAUGAAGUCUCCGUAAUAGCUAAAUUACAACAUAGAAACCUAGUUCGUCUUCUAGGCUUUUGUGUUGAAGGAGAUGAGAGACUUAUGAUAUUUGAAUACAUGGAAAAUAGAAGUCUUGAUGCCUUUAUUUAUGAUAAAGCUAAAAGUUCAUUACUAAAUUGGCAAAGACGUUUCAGUAUUAUAAUUGGGAUCGCUCGAGGACUUCUAUACUUACAUCAAGACUCUAGAUUGAGAGUCAUUCAUCGUGAUCUUAAGCCCAGCAAUAUUCUCCUUGACAAGGAUAUGAACCCAAAGAUUUCAGAUUUUGGCAUUGCAAGGAUAUUUGAAGGAGAUAAUGCUCUUGAGGAUGCAACAACACGUCCGGUCGGAACAUUUGGUUACAUGGCACCUGAGUACUUAUCACGUGGAGUUUUUUCAUUCAAAUCAGAUGUGUUUAGCUUCGGUGUGAUAGUAUUGGAAAUCAUAAGUGGAAAGAAGAAUAGAGUAUUCAGUCAAACUGAUACAAGCUUAAAUCUUGUAGGAUAUGUGUAUAAACUUUGGAAGGAAGAAAGAUCUUUAGAGAUUGUUGAUGAUAUAUUAAAUCAAUCAUAUCCAAAAGAAGAAGUUCUACGUUGUAUUCAAAUGAGUCUUUUAUGUGUACAAGAUAAUAAUAAAGACAGACCAACAAUGACAGAAGUGGUGACGAUGUUAACAAGUGAGGACCAACUCUUUACUCCGAUUAUACAACCUACUAUAUCAUCAACUAGCAGCGAAGGAGGUUUCACUACCAACGAAAUGAGCUUCACACUUGUAGGUCGAUGAAAUAUGCAUUUAAUUCUUAUGUGAUCAAUAUUUAGCAUCAUUAGAGUUCCUAGAUCACUAUGUAAGGCCUAUAAAGCCUGAAAUGACUUCGUUAGUUACUACACUUACAUGUGAUAAAAGAGUUAAAUUUGUA